UUAGAUUCAGUGACUGUCUCUAACGAGGAACAAUCAGAUUCUGAUCUGGAGGAGGAUGAUUCCUUAGACCACAAUGAAGAUUCUGACGUAAGCGACGGAGAAGAAGAAGAAGAAGAAGAAGAAGAAGAUAGCGAAAGCCACGGAGACAAUCAAGAAGAUGACGACAGAGAUAGCAUUGUGGACGACGGAGACUCAACAGACAGUCAACCUGAAUGGGGAGUGGAUAGCCACGAUGAAAAAGAAUAUUGCUCACCUGAUGAAGACGGUUGGUCCGACGAAGAAGAUGAACGAAAAGCCCGUCUUUAUCGACGGAAUCUCCACUUGAGCCACGGUUUUCUGGUGGAAAAAGGGAUUCGCCCACGUCAAGUAUGGAGUGGCUCAAUCCUACUUAAAUCUUUGAACAGUGAACGUUCUCCAGUCAGAGGAAGGACUCAGCUUCAAUACUCACAAGACAUGACCAAACUCGCUCUUCGCAAAUACAAUGCCUUAAACGAAACGAAUGUGAAAAUGGAUCAUGUUGUGAGAGUGACCGAGGCAUUUUUUGGUAGAUGGAUUUCGUACAUCACUUUCAUGGCAAGAGAGUCUGAGGAAAGGAGCACUCUUGUGGAGUAUCAAGCCAAGAUUGUCAAGCAGUUAGAACGCAAGUCUUAUCCCAUCUUCUGCAGGCCAAGUCCCAAGCAAGAUCAAGAUAUGUAGUUAAAAAUGUUAUUUUUCUUUACUCGAGGCUAAUUUGAAUUGAUGGUUGGUUAUAUGGUCUUUCUACUUCUUGCUUUCAAUCUUUUGAAAUGGAUCUUGGUCCAAGUUUCUUGAUAAUGCUUUGUGAUGUGCAGUACAUCAACCUAGUAUUGUUAUAAGUACAAAUCUCA